AUGGGACCAGAGGAGAGCAUGGGACCAGAGGAGAGCAUGGGACCCGAGGACAGCAUGGGACCAGGGGAGAGCAUGGGACCAGAGGAGAGCAGAGGACCAGGGGAGAGCGUGGGACCAUGGAAGAGCAUGGGACGAGAGGAGAGCAGAAGAUCGAGAGAGAGCAGAGGACCAGGGAAGAGCAUGGGACCAGAAGAGAGAAGAGGACAAUGGGAAAGAAUGGGACCAUGGGAGAGCAUGGGACCAGAGGAGAGCAGAGGACAAUGGGAAAGAAUGGGACCAGAGGAGAGCGGAGGACCAGGGGACUGGACACGACAGAAGGACUGA